AUGAAAGACCAUUAUAUUAAUAUAUUAUUGUUUGCUCUUCCAUUAAAUAUAUUGGUAUAUAAUCAAAGGAGCUAUUACAUUACACCACGUCAUACAGAAACCAACAGAUCUUUAUGUGAAUGUGAAUUAUAUUCACCUACGAACUAUGAUAGUGAUCCAGAAAUGAAAAGGGUGAUGCAACAAUUUGAGGAUCGUACAUCACAAAGAUUUCACGAAUAUGAAGAACGUAUGCAAAGUAAACGAAUGCAAUGUAAAGAACAGUGUGAUAAAGAAAUACAAAAAAUUAUAUUAAAAGAUAAAUUAGAAAAAGAAUUAAUGGACAAAUUUGACACACUACACACAGAUAUACAAAGUGAUGCUAUUCCAACAUGUGUUUGCGAAAAAUCCUUAGCAGAUAAAGUGGAAAAAGGUUGUUUACGAUGUGGGUAUGGUCUAGGAACUGUUGCACCAACGGUUGGAUUAAUUGGUGCAAUAGCUGUAAAUGAGUGGACAAAAGCUGCUACUGCAGCGGCAACUCAAAAGGGUAUUGAGGCAGGUAUUAAUGUAGUAAUAGAUACAUUAAAAAGAUUAUUCAACAUAGAGGUAGUAACAGAUCUUAAAUGGAAAACACUCAUUACUGCACAAAAUUAUACUGAUAAGAUUCUUGUUGGUGAUGUUAUUAGGAAAUUAGGUAAUACACUUUGCGGGGGUUCUGAAGAUACAGCAGGUGGAUUUUGUCUUUUCACAGUUAAAGCCAAUACCCUUCCUCAAGCAAUAAAUGGACAUGUUACAAAAGCUAUUUCGGAAGGUACUGCAGAAGUUGUAAAAGUUACGGAAGCAGAGAUGGGGAAGGUAACAACAUCAGCUGGUGCUUAUUCUACUGGUAUAAUAGUCUCAGUUGUUGCAAUAGUGGUCAUAGUUUUAAUUAUGAUAAUAAUAUAUUUGAUUUUACGUUAUCGACGAAAAAGAAAAAUGACAAAAAAAAUGCAAUUUAUGAAAUUAUUAAACGAAUAG